UGACAGUUGUGCCAACAUAGCCGAUUGCACAUACAGUCUGUGUAAAUUACCAAGUCAUAGUAGCAAUUUCUCGAUUCUUUCCUCAUUCAGGUUUUUUUCGCCUUUCAAACGCAAUACACAUCUAGCUAAAUUGACAAAUUAAAAUCGUACAUUUUUGUUUUUUGGCUGCAAUUUUGUUUUGUUUAGUUGAUUUGUGCAAAAAAGAGAAAUGGCAGAGGGACAAGACGCUUCGAAUAAAAUCACGAUUACAGUGAAAACACCGAAAUCAAAAGAAUCAUUUACGGUGGACGAAAAUGCUGAAAUCAAAGACUUCAAAGAAUUAGUCGCACCAAAAUUCGAGGCUGAUGUUGAACAGCUGUGCCUAAUUUUUGCCGGUAAAAUCAUGAAGGAUAACGAAACAUUGAAGGAGCAUAAUGUGAAAGAUGGACUGACAGUGCAUCUGGUGAUUAAAUCGAAACCACAGGCCGAACCGGAACGACCCUCCCGACCGCCGGCUGACGUUCGUCAAACACCAUUCGGAUUGAAUCAAUUGGGUGGAUUGGCUGGAUUAGGCGCAUUGGGUGCUGGCUCCAACACCUUCAUGGAUCUGCAAGCUCAAAUGCAGAACGAACUCAUGAGCAAUCCGGAAAUGAUUCGCACCGUUCUGGACAAUCCACUUGUGCAGCAAAUGAUGAACAAUCCGGAGACAAUGCGAUCGCUGUUAACGUCAAAUCCACAAAUGCAAGACUUGAUGCAACGCAAUCCGGAAAUUUCUCAUAUGCUGAAUAACCCAGAUUUACUGCGUCAAACUAUGGAACUUGCUCGAAACCCAGCAAUGUUACAAGAGCUAAUGAGAAGCCACGAUCGAGCAAUGUCGAACUUGGAAAGUGUGCCCGGAGGCUAUAGUGCGCUACAAAGAAUCUAUCGAGAUAUUCAAGAGCCAAUGCUUAAUGCCGCAACUGAAUCGUUUGCGGGUAAUCCAUUCUCCGGCUUGGUGGACAACUCGUCGGGAGCAAAUCCUCAGCAGGGCGCUGAGAAUCGUGAUCCAUUGCCGAAUCCAUGGGCAUCGCGCAGUGGAAACAAUCAACAACAAAAUUCAACGAAUGCGGCACCAACAAACAUUCUGAAUACGCCAUCGAUGCAAAGUUUACUUCAACAAAUGAGCGACAAUCCAACGAUGAUGCAAAACCUAAUGAAUGCCCCGUAUACACGGUCAAUGAUGGAGGCAAUGUCGGCCGAUCCACAAAUGGCAGCCAAUCUUAUCAAUCAGAGCCCAAUGCUAGCCAACAAUCCGCAAAUGCAAGAGCAAAUGAGAACCAUGAUGCCGCAAAUGUUGCAGCAAAUGCAAAAUCCCGAAGUCAUGCAAAUGAUGUCCAAUCCACAAGCACUGGACGCCAUAAUGCAAAUUCAACAGGGUAUGGAACAAUUGCGUACGGCUGCACCAGGUUUAGUUGGAAACUUGGGCGUACCACCGCCCCCACCACGUUUUACAACGACAUCAAACACCUCAACAACUGGCUCGACCACAACCGCUUCGAACACAGCUACAGACGCCAAUACUACCAAUUCAACCACACCAUCGGCUCAAGCAAAUCCAGCACUAUUCUCUGAAUUUAUGUCACGAAUGAUGAACGGAAUGUCAACCGGUGCCAAUCCAAAUUUACCACCGGAACAACGGUACUCUACACAAUUAGACACACUAGCAUCCAUGGGUUUUGUCAAUCGAGAAGCUAAUUUACAAGCUUUGAUCGCAACAUUCGGAGAUAUAAAUGCUGCUGUUGAGCGACUGCUUGCUUUGAAUCAGCUAUCGUUAAGUUAAAUUAAAAACCAGAACAAACGAAUGAGAAUGUGAAACGGCGAUUGAGUUUUGAACCACCUUCAAGUUUAAGUGUUAUGAUGAAAACCAUUUAGUUAGAGAAACAAAUAAAAAGGGAGAACACAUUGAAACCUAGAGAAGCUAAUCCAAUAAGAUUCACACAGCUGAAAAUGAAAGAAAAAAAAAUGUUUUCUAAAUCAAGGAACGGAAAAAUUACACUUAUUCUCGUUUAUCUUUUAUUCAAAAUUAUUAAAUAUUCAGAAGAGAAAAAACCAACACACACAUGGCCAUUUUUGAAUCUAUUCUUAUAGCAAUUAAAUGAAUGUCCGCCCAAAUGAACUGCGGCGGAUUACACCACUAUCAAUUCGGAAAUAUUGCAUAGAAUUUUAUUCGAGUAUAAUGAAGAAGAAGCGAAAAAAAAUCAAUAAAAUGCAAAAGAAAAUCGUGAAGCAAAAAAAAAUAUCUAAAUUGAAAUUACAAUAAAUGUAUAGAUUAGGGGUUACAAUUUACAUAUGAUAGAUAAGACUAUUGCAUGAAAAAGUCGUCUUUAUUUUCAAUAUUUUUUUUCUCUUUCGUUCGGUGAGUGAUUCGGCCAAUUGGAUAAUUUUAGGUCGAGCAAAUAAAAAAAUACUUGCGAAAUUCGCAAUCACGAUGUUCUUUGUAGUUGGAGAAGCGGUACUAAAGCAUUGUAGUAAUCAUUUUUGGUAGAAAUAUUCACACGAAUUUUUUUUUUGCUUCAUAUACGUCAGAUCAAACAUGUUUCUGUCACCAUGCCAUUUAGUUAGUUCACCACAUUUCCACAUAUCUUAAUUUCCUUGUCUUGAAUUGUUUAUCACAUUCCACAUGCAUCUAUCUGUCUGUCUAAAGGGAAACAGUUAUUACAACCGCAAAAUUUAUUCAUUGAUUCCGACCUCGGAACUUCCCAUUUUGAAAUGGUAUCAUUUGUUUUGGACUUGUCUGCAAAUGAACUUACUUUAGCGACAACAACAACAGCAACAAAAAAAUCAACACCUUUCCAUCUACUGUUUUUUUGUGUAUAGCUUUAGUCGCUUAGCUGUUUAAGAAAUGACUUCAUAAUAAAAAAAAAACCAAUGAAAAUAAA